UCAUAACCUGCUCCUUUGUUAGUAAACAAUUGAACAUUAACAUGCUAACAUAUUGUUAUCCUUACAUUCAAGUAACUGAUACGUAAUUUAUUGUGAUAACGAAACAUUUGAUUACUAUUAACAUGAUUGUAAUUAACAAUAUAUUUUCAGAUUAAAUUCGUAACAAAUUUCAAAAUGGGUAUCAAGCAAAGUAAGCGAUCUGUUGAGAUAUCUUCUACUCCUAAGAAGGGUGCUGUUGAUGUUCCAGUACAGAUGCAUAAAGUCACGGCUGAAUAUUGUCAGCGUUGGGGAGAAGAACACUACAAAUUAGCUAUCGACAUGGAAGAUAGAGAUGGACCACAGGGGAAAAUAGAUGCUUGUUGGAAUCUUGCUGCUAAAGAUUUUUGGGAAGCUUUAGUUUUAGGUGGUAAAGAAGCUCCUUUUUGGUUGUUUAAAUGCUUUGGACAGGGAUUAGGUGUAAAAAAAGACGUUGACAUAACUGCUCUAUUUUAUGGUGUAGCAUCGAAGUUUACUCCUAAGGAGCUUAAGAACAUUAAAGCUGAAAAUAAACCCGUAAUCCCUAAAUAUUUAGAGCCUGAAAUUAAGAAUCUUAUCAAAUUAGUAGAAAAGACUCAUAAGGAGAUUCCUGCUAAAGGAGUAGAUAUGGCAGUAGUCCUCGAGCAGAUGGAUAAAUUUAAUCAUGCUAUCAAACUACCGGGAAGCAAAUUAAUACAGAAAUGUUUCACUGAAAAAAGUAUUGCAGCACUUCCAGUUGAGGCUGUUUAAACCAGUUCUGUUCUUGAAAGAUCUGAAUUGCUUUUGUAGGAUAAAAUUAUGCUUUAAUUGUAUUUGUUUAUCAGUAUUUUCUAUAUAUUUAUACUUUUUUACCUUGCUACACACAAUAAUUUCAGAUAUGAGCUAAGUUGAAUAAAAAUGAUAAAAAUGCCGUUGUUUGGAAAAUCCGUAAAAAGUCCCACAGAAGUUGUGAAACUUCUGAAGGAGUCCUUGACUGUGUUGGAGAAAGGAGGGGACGGGAAGAAACAGGAGAAGGCCCAAGAAGAAGCUAGUAAACAGCUGGUUAGCAUGACAGCUAUGCUGUUCGGAACCGAGAGUGAACAGCAGUCUGAUAUUCUUGUAGCUCAGCUUUCACAGGAGAUGUAUAAUUCUGGUCUGCUCCUAAUACUUCUGAGAAAUCUCCACAAAGUAGAUUUUGAAGGAAAGAAAGAUGCUGCACAGAUAUUUAAUAAUAUCCUAAGGCGGCAGAUUGGUACCAGGACACCUACUGUAGAGUAUAUUUGUACAACACCUGAGAUACUCUUCACAUUGUGUAAAGGUGAAUAUUUUAUGCAGAAGAUAAAUUUCGAGAACUUUCUAGGUAAAUCUUUUAGAAAUGACCUGGAUCUAAUAGUUCUACAUUCCCCUCACUUCUACGAUUUCUUUAAAUAUGUCGAAGUUUCAACAUUUGACAUUGCAUCAGAUGCCUUUGCAACAUUUAAGGAGCUUUUAACCCGACAUAAAAUGCUUGCUGCAGAUUUCCUG